AUGGCAGCCAAGAUCGUCCAUAUGCUGCUGAUGUCCUGGGCAGGGGGGGAGGUGGAGGCGGCGCUGGCGGGUGUGCCAGACCUGGCGGCAGAGGUGGCGCGGGCGGUGCUCGCCGAGGGCGUGGAUACCGAAGAGCCGGGGGGGAUUGCUCCGUUUGGAAAUAAGGCGGUUAGCUCCCUGGGCAAGGCGCCAUGGCCCGUAUCCAGAACGGUGUUGUUUUGUUGCGACCUCGGCCUGGUUUGGCGUACAGUAGCAGCAUUCACAGUCACAGUCACCGUCGCAGUCGCCGUCACUAUCGUCGUCGUCGUCGUCGUCGUCGUGCUGUUAGGUGGUGGUACAAGGGCGCUGCAACUUGGGUGGUGGUCGGUGGCGGAUGUAGUCUUGCGGUUCCGCGGCUGCUGGAUGGAUGGGGAACCGCAUGCGACGUCAACGCCUGCAACAGCGGCCACUGACAUCAACGGUGCGCGGAGAGGAACUGGGUGA